CGAGAAAGGGAGAGAGUGGGGUGAGAGGGGGUGAGCGCCGAUCCGAGGGAGGGGGCAGAGCGCUAUGCGCCGCGCCAGCCGAGACUACACCAAAUACCUGCGCGGCUCGGAGGAGAUGGGCAGCGGUGGCCCCGGAGCCCCGCACGAGGGCCCCCUGCACGCCCCGCCGGCCGCGCCGCACGCUCCCCCAGCCGCCUCCCGCUCCAUGUUCGUCGCCCUCCUGGGCCUGGGCCUGGGCCAAGUGGUCUGCAGUGUUGCCCUGUUCCUCUACUUCAGAGCGCAGAUGGAUCCUAAUAGAAUAUCAGAAGAUGACACUGACUGCUUCAAGAGACUUUUCAAGCUUCAUGAAAAUGCAGAUUUGCAAGACACAGCUCUGGAGAGUGAAGAUACAAAGUUAAUAUCCGAAUCGUGCAGGAGAAUUAAACAGGCCUUUCAAGGAGCUGUACAAAAGGAAUUACAACAUAUUGUUGGAUCACAACACAUCAAAGCAGAGAAAGCUAUGGUGGAAAGCUCAUGGCUGGACCUGGCCAAGAGGGGAAAGCCUGACAUGCCGCCUUUUGCUCACCUCACUAUUAAUGCCACUGACAUACCAUCAGGGUCCCACAGAGCAAGUCUGUCUUCUUGGUACCAUGACCGAGGGUGGGCCAAGAUCUCCAACAUGACUUUCAGGAAUGGGAAACUAAUAGUCAACCAAGAUGGCUUUUAUUACCUGUAUGCCAACAUCUGCUUUCGACACCAUGAGACCUCGGGGGACAUCGCUGGGGAGUAUCUGCAGCUCAUGGUGUAUGUCACAAAAACCAGCAUGAAGAUCUCAAGUUCUCACACACUGAUGAAAGGAGGAAGCACCAAGUACUGGUCUGGGAAAUCGGAGUUCCAUUUCUAUUCCAUAAAUAUUGGAGGAUUUUUCAGGUUACGGUCUGGUGAAGAAAUAAGCAUCCAGGUAUCCAACCCUUCACUACUAGAUCCAGAUCAAGACUCAACUUACUUUGGGGCCUUUAAAGUUCUAGAUAUAGAUUGAGCUCGAUUUUGUGGAAUGU